AUGGAUUCAGUAACAUCAUCGUCAUCGAAGCUGUUUCCGAUAUCUUCUUCUUCGCCGACUCUAUUGCCUAAUGGUGGUGGUGCUGGUGGAGGUGGGACUGUCGGUGCUGGGGGGGUCAGUUACAUUGAACACCCCGUCUCCAAAUUGGAUACUCUAGCCGGUGUUGCCAUCAAAUACGGCGUGGAGGUGGCUGACAUUAAGAGGAUAAACGGUCUGGUUACAGAUCUCCAAAUGUUUGCUUUGACGGUGCUUCACAUACCUCUACCAGGGAGACACCCUCCAUCUCCCAGCUUGUCAAAUGACUUUGAUGCUCAAGGGUAUUGA